GCCUCCGGCUGCAUGCCCAACAGCCGCCUUCCCUCUGGGUGCCACCGCCCCAUUCCAGGCCCCGCCCCUCCCUGGAACUGCCUAGCCAGAAGCCGGCAGGCACGUGACCCGGGGCGCCCCGCCCCCUUGUCCUUCUCCCGGCGAUUGGCUCGGGAGGCGCAUGCGCGGAAAGGCCGUCUCGUGCCACCGCCCAUAUCCCCUCCCACGGUCUCUAGUUCGCGUCAUGGCCACCGCCGCGGCUGUGGAGGCGGCGGCGCCUAUGGGCGCCCUAUGGGGUCUCGUGCACGACUUCGUCAUGGGUCAACAAGAGGGCCCCGCUGACCAGGUGGCUGCAGGUCCUCUCUAGAGAAUCCAGAACCCCGAACUCGGGCACGAGGAAUCCAGCUUUUGUCACAGGUGCUAUUCCACUGUCACACCUUGCUCCUGGAGAAGGAAGUGGUACACCUGAUACUGUUCUAUGAGAACCGGCUGAAGGACCAUCAUCUUGUGAUCCCAUCUGUCCUGCAGGGUUUGAAGGCACUUAGCCUGUGUGUGGCCCUGCCCCCAGGGUUGGCUGUUUCUGUGCUUAAAGCCAUCUUCCAGGAAGUGCAUGUACAGUCCCUGCCACAGGUGGACCGACACACAGUCUACGAUAUAAUCACCAAUUUUAUGCGAACCCGGGAAGAAGAGCUAAAGAGCCUAGGAGCUGACUUCACCUUUGGCUUCAUCCAGGUGAUGGAUGGGGAAAAGGAUCCCCGUAAUCUUCUGGUGGCCUUCCGCAUCGUCCAUGACCUCAUCUCCAGGGACUAUAGCCUGGGACCCUUUGUGGAAGAGUUGUUUGAAGUGACAUCCUGUUAUUUCCCUAUCGAUUUUACCCCUCCACCUAAUGAUCCCCAUGGUAUCCAGAGAGAAGACCUCAUCCUGAGUCUUCGCGCUGUGCUGGCUUCUACACCACGAUUCGCUGAGUUUCUGUUGCCCCUGUUGAUUGAGAAAGUGGAUUCUGAGGUUCUGAGUGCCAAGUUGGAUUCUCUACAGACUCUGAAUGCUUGCUGUGCUGUGUAUGGACAGAAGGAACUGAAGGACUUCCUCCCCAGCCUUUGGGCUUCUAUCCGCAGAGAGCCAUGGGAUCCCUCCCUGACAGGUGUUCCAGACGGCAAGUGAGCGGGUGGAAGCAGAGGGCCUGGCGGCCCUCCACUCCCUGACUGCGUGUUUGUCUCGCUCUGUGCUGAGGGCUGAUGCUGAGGACCUCCUUGACUCCUUCCUUAGCAACAUUCUACAGGACUGCAGGCACCACCUGUGUGAACCGGACAUGAAACUGGUGUGGCCUAGUGCCAAGCUCUUGCAGGCAGCUGCAGGUGCAUCAGCCCGGGCCUGUGACUCUAUCACUAGCAAUGUACUGCCUUUACUGCUGGAACAGUUCUACAAGCACAGUCAGAGCAGCCAGCGGCGGACAAUCCUUGAAAUGCUCCUGGGUUUCUUGAAGCUGCAGCAGAAAUGGAGCUAUGAAGACAAAGAUCAAAGGCCUCUGAAUGGCUUCAAGGACCAGCUGUGCUCACUGGUAUUCAUGGCCCUAACAGACCCCAGCACCCAGCUUCAGCUUGUUGGCAUCCAUACACUCACAGUCUUGGGUGCCCAGCCAGAUCUCCUAUCUUCUGAGGACUUGGAGCUGGCAGUGGGUCACCUAUACAGACUGAGCUUCCUGAAGGAGGAUUCCCAGAGUUGCAGGGUGGCAGCACUGGAAGCAUCAGGAACCCUGGCUGCUCUCUACCCUGUGGCCUUCAGCAGCCACCUCGUACCCAAGCUCGCUGAAGAGCUGCGUGUAGGGGAGUCAAAUUUGACUAAAGGAGAUGAGCCCACCCAAUGCUCCCGGCAUCUGUGCUGUCUGCAAGCCUUGUCAGCUGUAUCAACACAUCCCAGCAUCGUCAAGGAGACACUGCCUCUGCUGCUGCAGCAUCUCUGGCAGGUGAACAGAGGGAAUAUGGUUGCACAAUCCAGUGACGUUAUUGCUGUCUGUCAGAGCCUCAAACAGAUGGCAGAAAAAUGUCAGCAGGACCCCGAGAGCUGCUGGUAUUUCCACCAGACAGCUAUACCUUGCCUGCUUGCCUUGGCUGUGCAGGCCUCUAUGCCAGAGAAGGAGCCCUCAGUUUUGAGAAAAGUACUGUUGGAGGAUGAGGUGUUGGCUGCCAUGGUGUCUGUCAUUGGCACUGCUACGACCCACCUGAGCCCUGAGUUAGCUGCCCAGAGCGUCACAUACAUUGUGCCCCUCUUCUUGGAUGGCAACGUCUCCUUUCUGCCGGAAAACAGCUUCCCGAGCAGAUUCCAGCCAUUCCAGGAUGGCUCCUCAGGGCAGAGGCGGCUGAUUGCACUGCUUAUGGCCUUUGUCUGCUCCCUGCCUCAAAAUGUGGAAAUCCCUCAGCUGAACCAACUCAUGCGGGAGCUUUUGGAACUGAGCUGCUGCCACAGCUGCCCCUUUUCUUCUACCGCUGCUGCCAAGUGCUUUGCAGGACUCCUCAACAAGCACCCUGCAGGGCAGCAGCUGGAUGAAUUCCUACAGCUGGCUGUGGACAAAGUGGAGGCUGGCCUGGGCUCUGGGCCCUGUCGUAGUCAGGCCUUCACUCUUCUUCUCUGGGUAACAAAGGCCCUAGUGCUCAGAUACCAUCCUCUCAGCUCCUGCCUUACAGCCCGGCUCAUGGGCCUCCUGAGUGACCCAGAAUUAGGUCCAGCAGCAGCUGAUGGCUUCUCUCUGCUCAUGUCUGACUGCACUGAUGUGUUGACUCGUGCUGGCCAUGCUGAAGUGCGGAUCAUGUUCCGCCAGCGGUUCUUCACAGAUAAUGUGCCUGCUUUGGUCCAGGGCUUCCAUGCUGCUCCCCAAGAUGUGAAGCCAAACUACUUGAAGGGUCUUUCUCAUGUACUUAACAGGCUGCCCAAGCCUGUGCUCUUGCCAGAGCUGCCCACGCUUCUUUCCUUGCUGCUGGAGGCCCUGUCCUGCCCUGACUGUGUGGUACAGCUCUCCACCCUCAGCUGCCUUCAGCCUCUUCUACUGGAAGCACCCCAAGUCAUGAGUCUUCACGUGGACACCCUCGUCACCAAGUUUCUGAACCUCAGCUCUAGCCCUUCCAUGGCUGUCCGGAUCGCUGCACUGCAGUGCAUGCAUGCUCUCACUCGCCUCCCCACCCCUGUGCUGCUGCCGUACAAACCACAGGUGAUCCGGGCCCUAGCCAAACCCCUGGAUGACAAGAAGAGACUGGUGCGCAAGGAAGCAGUGUCAGCCAGGGGGGAGUGGUUUCUGUUGGGGAGCCCUGGCAGCUGAGCCCUCAGUCCUGGCCUAGACUGUUCUGACAAUCUAACCUGGAAUUACUAACUAUCGAGCCAUCUUCCCCAAAGCAGGGAAACCACUGGCCUCUGACUGCCUUUCCCACAGACACAGCACAAAUGCUAGGCCUCUGCUGCAUGGCUGUACAAGGAACAUAAGAGUCCAUAUUUCUAGUGGAUUUGUAAAAUAAGUGUGUGUGAGACAAUUGUGUUUGAAGAAAGAUUUAGGGUCCUGGGUCUCUUGCGUUUAUAUGUCAGAAAAGGGGCGAUAUGCUGCUGAGAGGUGAGCGCAUAUGAGUGUGGCCCUGAGGACCAGGGUUGGCGGGUGUUGUGUACCUGCUGAAGAAUAAAGAUUUCUUUUGGUAA